AUGACUUCAAAAUGGCUGGCCUUGCCGAUGCUUUUUCAGACGUCACUGGGAAAAGAUUGCUGGAGCCCGCCCGAGACGUUGGCCGCGCCGAAGCUAAACCAAAGCCACAGCGAGUGGCUGGCUGAGCUGAAAUCCUGGCGCCACAACCACUCGCAGGGAUACAAUGCCGAGGCAUACAGAGACCCAUCACUGACUUGGACAAGGACAUCUUUUGUCCAACCACAGAUCCACCUGUACGACCUUUUUCUCUUCAAUGGUUCCUGGACGGUGGAUAGGUACUUGGAUGAUUUGGAUCAUCGCUACGGUGGGAUCGACUCGGUGCUCAUCUGGCCGACGUACACAAACAUCGGAAUUGAUGAGAGGAAUCAGUUCGACUACUUUCGAGCGGUGCCCGGUGGACUCGCAGCCUUGUCAAAUCUCACGGAAGCCUUCCACAAGCGGAACGUGAAGGUUCUGUGGGCGUACAACCCCUGGGAUCAGGCCACCAGGGAGGAGGGCCAGCACUGGGAUGUCAUGGCCUCCCUCCUGAAAGCCAGUGGAGGUGAUGGCUUCAACGGGGAUACCAUGAAAACCAUCCCCAAGGCUUUCUGGCAGGCUGGCCAAGCACGGAGUUACUCCUUUGCGGCAGAGCCAGAGGGGGGAGGCAUCCCUUGCAACGACGAUGACUAUUCGAGUGCAGGAUGGACACCCCUCGGCUGGGGCUACUUCGGCCACAAGAGGGCGGACGGCAUGACCAUGGACUACGACUUCGAGCCCGGUGUUGACAAGAUGAAGUGGCUGGACCCGAAGGGAAGGCAUCUGACACAUGUGUGCGAUCGAUGGUCCAAAAGCCGUGCCGCAGCCAUCCAGCUGGCCUUUUUCAACGGAGAUGGCUACGAGUCAUGGGAAAACAUUUGGGGUCUCUUCAACAAGGUGACGGACAGGGACGCCGAGCUCCUCCGUCGAAGUGCCACCCUGCUGCGUUGGGCGGGCCAACGGAACUUGAGCCAUGACUUUGACAACUGGAUCCCGCACGCGCCUGAGGCCACAGAUGCGCUGCAUGGCAUUUUCGCCUCCCGCUUCGAGAAGGAUGGCGAAGCCUUGUGGCUCCUCAUCAACAAGGGCAACCGUUCAGAGAUCACCGUGCACGUACCCGCGACCUACCUUGGUAAAGGCUACGAGCUCUUCGAUCUCUACCAUGGCCUCAGGGUCAGCCCUAACGGCGGCGUGGUAAACGCAAGCAUCGAAGCCAUCGGAAUCUCUGCUCUCUUCGCAACAACUCGCGGAGCCCCGCAGGAGCUGCUGGAGAAGAUGAGGGUCAUGUCCAAGCAUCCCCUCGCCAUGUUUUCUGAGACCUGGCACGUUCUGCAGCAGGAGAUGGACGCGAGGCCAUCGUCCAAAGUCUUCAAUGCCUCAAGUCCACCACCGGAGAUGGUGUUGUUGCCCCGCGUGAACUUCAACUUUGCCGUUAGCGGGACAGAGUUUGAGGGUGGCUGUGAUCCGACCGACGAUCCGAACCAAGUGUGUUGCACAUCCGCCUGUCGGGAACAUGGAGGUCCAGGCUGCCAGUGCGGCGUUAUGCAGCUGGAGUAUUUUGGAGUCGACGUACAGUAUCCUUGGGAAACCCGACCUGAUCGGAAUCACAAGAAGGAGCUUGAUCUAGGGCCACUGCUUUUUGAUCGCGAUUUGGUCACCAAUUCCGAUUACCUGCAGUAUCUGAAUGCAAGCGGAUAUCAUCCUGCGGACAAGUUCAACUUCCUGAAGCAUUGGGACAUGGGCCGUCCAAAACCAGGCGACGAGCAGAAGCCAGCUGUGAACAUUGGGUUCCAGGAAGCGGAGGCCUACUGCCGUUACUAUGGAAAGAGGCUGCCCCACAGCUAUGAGUGGCAACUAGCAGCUCAGGGGCAAGAUGGGAGGAGGUAUCCUUGGGGCCAUGACUGGGAUCCUUCUGCUGUCCCACCUCCGGGUCAUGACCCUGUCGCCAUCGCGCAGUAUGAGAAGGGUGCCUCUGUCUUUGGCGUCCGCGAUCUAGUUGGGAACGUGUGGCAAUACACGGACUCCUUUCGGGAUGAGCACACCAGGGCAGUUCUGCUGCGUGGGUCAAGCCGCUACAACCCGCAAGUAUCCGAAGCGUUCCCCUCCCUGCACCAGUCCGUGAAUUGGUAUUUCCCUCCAGCACAUGAGCUCAACAAGCACUCAAAAUACUUCCUCAUGAGCAACAGCUACGAGCGUGCUGGGACUCUGGGUUUUCGAUGUGUUGCAGAUGUGGCCAAUGGUGCGGCCGCUCCAUACCAUUACCACAAUCACCACAGCACAGACGACUAUGCAGACCGCCCGGAGGUCCAAUUCAUUUAA